UGACAUACAUUUUGGAAUAUUGCUACACAUUUGCUGGUGCUUACAUUUAAAAUUUUUUAGCUGAAGGUUAACCACAGGUACCAAGAACAUAUUUGUGAUUAUCAGCAGAUUAGAAACAAAUACUAUCUAUUUUAUUCUCUACUCUAUCAGUUCAAAUUAUUGGAGGACAAAGUAAUCUACCGUCAUGUCUGUACGUGGUAGAGGAAGAGGUAAACCUUCCAUAUCACUUAGCACGGAACAAUUAGGUUUUGCUAAGGGAGAAGCACUUCCACCACCUGUCUUACAACCUCCACCAAAGUAUCCUCCUUUGGAGUAUAAACCACUACCUGUGAAUAUCAAUACAGAAAUGAGCUAUUUGUUAGAAUUGAAGAGGGAGUAUGCGGAAUAUAUGAGAGAGUCACCUAAUAAUGUUGUACCUGUUGUAAUUAAGAAAGACAUUGAAAGAUAUUCAGAUCGGUAUCAAGAUCUGAUCACAGAUAAAUCCAGUUAUGAAAUCAGAUACGAUUGGACCAGAAUGCCGGCCGAGUUGAAGCCUCAGAUAAGAAAACGCAAAGGGCAAAAGUCUGAGAAAGCUCAAAAGAAGCAGAAGAACGUCGACGUAGAGUCCAAGCUGCAGGAAUUAGAAAAGAAAGAGAGCUCUCAGCAAAGUGACGCGGAGGAGGAGGAGAAAGAGGAGGAGGAAACGGAAGAGAAGGACGACGACCAUCCGGAAGAGGAAGAGGAGGAACUAGAUGAAGAAAUGGACGAGGGGACCGAUUACGUGAACAAUUACUUCGACAAUGGAGAAGGUUACGACGACGAAGACGAUAAUCUAGACGAUGGACCUAUUUAUUAAUGCUUCGAGCUUUUAUAAGAAUCAGAAAUUUCUCUCGGUUCUGAAUAAUUGUACUAGGAUACUU